AUGAAUUCAAUGAUAACAUCAGGAAACACAUCUCCUGACAAAUCCUAGAAUAAACCAGAUCUUUACAAAUCUAGUGACGGGCAUCACUAUAAUUAGAUGAUGGAUGAAAGCAAAUAAACAGAGGAAGCUGAUAUAUCGAGAUCAGAUUUUACUGAGACUCAUUCCCAAGACACUUUGAGAAAUAUAUAAAGACUGAGCGAGGCAAAAUUGCUGAAAGGUGAGAAUUUGGAAUUGAGAGGAAGAGGCUUGGAAAAAAUCACUAAUAACUAUUAAAAUUUGAAUGAGGAAGGUGACUCAGAUCGAAUCCAAAGUUUAAACAAAAAUCAAAGACUUAAAGAUUUGAUUCUAGACAAUAAUAUCCAUCUGAAUGCAUAUACUUAAGACGAGGAGGAAAAAACGCAAGACCUUAUCAAAAAUGACUUACUUGAUGAUUAAUUAGAGGAUUUGCAUAAUAUAUCACCUGCCUUGCAAUAAAAGACAAGGCAGAGCAGAAGAGCAAUUACGGACGAAAUAGAUUAUGAUUAAUAGACAAAUCCAAAUAAAAGCAAUCAGGAUAGAAAUUAGGUUAUUCCCAAAAAAUCUAAUAAAAAAAAGAUAAGUACAAUGUCGCUUAAACAGACUUUGCCCUCUUUCAAGUUAAAUGUGCCUUUAUCAGUCUCAACAAGUGAAAUAUUUGAAGUAUUUACGAGCAUCAGUAAAGCAUAGAGAUUUCAAAUAAUUGAAAUGGAACAAAGUUUAGCUACUGCAGUUAAUAAAGAACCAUUCUCAAUAAAGAAGAUGUUUAUGAGAUGUAUACCAUUUUCAGAUGGUAAAAAUAGUUAGUAAAAUGACUCAUUCAUAUCUGCUAUCAGAAUUUAAAUCAGCGUAAAUGAGUAGAAAUGCUGUAGAAAAAUCCAUUUAAAGGGAUUAUAUGGUGAAAUAACCCGCUUAUAAGAGUUCUCUAAUUCAUUUAAAAACAAAAUUAAUGAAAUAUCUGAGUAGGCAUAAAUUCAUUCUAAUAGAGGUGGCAAACUAAUGACAUAAGCCAAAAAGACUUCAAAUAACAGUCUGGUGAAUCUAUCUACUGCAUUUAAUUAAAGGAAAUAGAAAGGAAUGAAAAAAGGAGCGUAAAUUCUUUAAGAUGAUGACAGUGAUCAGGAAGCUAAAUAUGGAACAUACAAUGAAACUAGCUCUAUUUAUUAAAUCCAUAAAAUUCUCUCAAGCGAUUAAUAUACAUUAGGCAAAAAUAUGGAGGGUAUUAUGGAGCUGAUAAAUGAUACAGUCAAUUAAUUCUAAUCCUAAUAUAACCUUGGAAAGGAUAGCGCUAAAAGUUUGAUGCAAUAUUGUAGACCUUCAGUUGAAAAAUAUGUCUUCCAAAAACUAUAUGACAAGUUAUUUGCUAUGUACGCUUGUAAGAACGAAAGAGAUGAUAUGAUAUUCGUUGAAAGAAGCUCUAUUAUAAAAAAGAUGAAACCCUUUGAUGUCAUGCUUUAUCUUGGGAUUAAAGAAAAAUUCCUAAUUGGAGAUAAUUUGGCUAGUAUUACUGGCCGCUCAUCAUAUCUCUAUUCAGAUUAGAAUAAGCAAUAUAUGUCAUAAUAAAGAGAAAUUUAAUCUCCAUUCAGAUAAGAUAUAGAUAGUAACAAUCCAUUAAAAGAAUCCGAGAUGGCAUUAUAUGAAAGUAAUCGAACAGAUACAUAGUCAAUCGUGUAGUCACAUCUUGAGCACCAUUUCAAUUUAAAUAACAGCUCAACAUCCAGUAGUUUGGGACUUGGCUAGAUAAACAAAGUUGACCUUCCCUAUCAAGAAGCCAUCAAAUAACUUGAAAAAAUUCAAUCUUACUAAACCCCUAGGGAAAAACUCCAAUGUCUGAGUGAAUCCUUUCAAAGCUUAAAAACUACUAUUGUUGAUCAUUACAAGGGUAAAUUUGAAUUGAGUGCUAUGGAUGAUGUCCUACCACUAACUAUUUAUACUGUAGCUAUGGCAGAUCUAAGCCAUAUAUAGAGUGAAUUUAAUAUAAUGGAAGAUUUUUUGAGCAUUUACGAUAGAGGUUUCGAUUUUGAAAAGAAACUUCUAACAAAUUUAGAUGUUUCAAUCAAAUAUGUGAACUCUGAAUGGGAACUUUGA